ACCGCCGGUCCGGUACGGGCGAGGCUGCCCCGUCCCCCCAGCUGAGGUAUCAGGUGAAACCGGGCGUGUGGCAGACGGAACGGCGGAGCGGCGUGAGGAUGGCCGGGCGCCGUGGUCUGUGCCUGCUGCUGCUGCUGCUCUGCGCGGGGCUGGGGGCCGCCGCUCCUGCAGGUGAAAGGAGGAGGAGCAGCCAGAAGCUGCCGCUGGCGGAGAGUAGUGGAACCAGCGGUUCAAAGGGAAGAAGUUUUGCUGGCCGGAAAGUUCCAAGUACAAGUAAUGUCUCUGAAGAGUUAUAUGAAGUGGAUGAAUUUGCAGCAAAAGCCCUCACAGGAAAGCUGACCACAGUUUUUCUUCCUAUUGUCUAUAUCAUUGUCUUUAUCAUUGGUUUGCCAAGCAACGCCUUGGCCCUCUGGGUCUUUUUUUUCCGAACAAAGAAGAAACAUCCAGCUGUAAUUUAUAUGGUUAACUUGGCAUUAGCAGACCUUCUUUUUGUUAUCUGGUUUCCACUGAAGAUUGCAUACCAUAUAAAUGGCAAUAAUUGGCUAUUUGGUGAAGGUCUCUGCAAAGUACUUGUUGGAUUUUUCUAUGGAAAUAUGUACUGUUCCAUUCUCUUUAUGACGUGUCUCAGUGUGCAACGAUACUGGGUAGUAGUGAAUCCCAUAGUGCACUCGAGGAAGAAAUCUGAAAUUGCCUUGGGCAUUUCCCUUGCUAUCUGGAUAUUGAUUUUGUUGGGUACCAUUCCAUUGUAUCUUGUUAAUCAGACAGCAUACAUUUCAAAUCUUAACAUCACAACCUGCCAUGACGUGUUGCCUGACAAUGUUUUGGCUCAUGACAUGUUCAGUUAUUUCCUUUCACUUGCCAUUGGACUCUUCUUAAUCCCAGCUCUUCUCACUGCUGUCGCUUACAUACUAAUGAUUAAGACUCUAAAUGCUUCCAUCUCAGAUAUAAGCACUGGAAAGAAACGAAAAAGAGCAAUCAAACUCAUUAUUGCUGUCUUGUGUAUGUAUCUUAUUUGUUUUACACCUAGCAAUGUGCUACUUGUUGUGCACUUUUUGCUCCUCAAAACCUACAACCAGAGCUAUCUCUAUGUGUCAUAUAUAAUUGCUCUGUGUCUUUCUACUUUGAAUAGUUGUAUUGAUCCAUUCAUCUAUUACUAUAUUUCGAAAGACUUCAGAGACAACCUUAAAAAUGCUCUUCUUUGCCGAAGUGUGCGAACCACACGGAGGAUGCAAGUGUCACUCUCGUCAGGCAGGUACCCCAAGAAAUCAAAUUCUUAUUCGUCAAACUCAAAUGGGACAAUGAAAUCAACCUAUUGAGUUUAAUCCUAGAAGAAAAGUGAGCUUUUAUCACUACUGCUGAAAGAAUGUGACAAGGGGGUUACUUUGUACAAGACAGUCUGAAAAAAUAUCUUUGCUUUUUACUUACAUUGAAGCCUGGAUUUUUGAACUGGCAGCUGCUUACCCUGUAGAAAUCAUAAGCAGACAGAUCUUCCCACUAGACUGGAAAAAAAAAAAUGACGUUUCUGAUGCUCUGCAAAAAUGCUGCUGACUUGAAAGUGAGUGGUGGUUGAAGACAUCUUUCAAUAUGGAAGUUGAUAAAAAGCAAGAUGUCUCUGGAAUGUUAUGUAGUGUUACUUGCAUAUUUAAUUAACAGAGAAAUCUGUUUUGUUUAGCUUUAACUGUAAUGUAUUAAACAGUUGAACAGAAUUAUGUAUGUAGGACCUUGCUCUGUGUACCUGCUUACACCAAAUAUUAUUUGAAACUGCAGAGAGAAGGAGAAUCCAUUUCACCAUCUUGGUGUGGGUGCAGCAUGACUAAUGCUUAUGUUUAGUAUAAUGUAAUUUUAUAUUGUUUUCUAAGUCUUUGUGUUGUAAGUACUACCAUGGCAGAAGCCUGUAAGGUUUUGCUUUUGAGCUGACAAACUGAACUUCUUAUCAGUUACCACUAAGAUAAAAUAUUAUUUGAGAUUAUACACUGUUACUAAAUGCUUGCUUGUACACAAUCUUAAAUGGGGAUAUUUAGCAAAGUUUUGAUGAAUAGAUAUUUGAUUUUUAUAUAAUACACCUUGUAUUUUUUAAGAUAUCUAAAUAAG